GCCGCCGAGCCGAGUUCAGUCGGUCCGAGUUCGGCGCCGCGUACGGUACGUUGCGUCGCGCUGUCGUUUCGCGCGCGCGCGCGCGAGAGCAUCAGCCCGUCUCUCAUCGCCAGCGCGUUCUCCGCCCGCGUCGCGUGCGCGUCGUCGUAUAUACAACAUUGUCCUCUGCCUUGUCUGCCCGUCAGCCUGCCUGCCUGUUGGUCCGUACGCACGCCACGCGGAAUCGCGGUCACCGGGUCGAAUUUCGGCAACCGGGUUCGGGUCUCGCCCGCGCGCGCGUCGCCGGACCAACGCGCCCCUGCGUCGGUCCCUGCGUCUCUUCCUACGUCCCACGGCGCUAUGUCGCGCGUAGGUUGCCGGCCGCGUCGUCAGUAGCGGCAGCAAGAUCGUCACUCGUCGUCGUCGUCGUCGAUCGCGCGUCUCUCGAAACGGUGGCGGAAACUGUGCGGCUGCCCUUGGACGACCGGAACCGGCGAAAUGAGGUGUCCGGCAAACCAGCGCGCCCAGUAACAAUGACAAUGACAAGAAACUGCUCGAUCAGUCGUGAUUUAGAGUGAUUCCGGGAAACGUUUAAACGACGACGAUCCGUCUGGCCGGUGAAGGAUUGUCGCGAGAUCAAUCCGGAUAUCGUGCGAGACUUGGAGAGAUCAGCGCGCCCGCGUGCGCGCAUAAAAGGAAAGACUCGUACACGAUCAUGGUGUGACUCGUGUGCGCGUCCGACAGGAAUCCGUCCAAAAGAUCAACGCGGUAGUCCGGUGGUUGUGUGAUUCCGGUAGUGAUCGGUUGUGGUGCUGGUGCUGGUGGUUGAUACGCAGCUGCGAGUCGGAGGCCUGUUGGUGCCUAGGCAUCGUUCUCAUCGGUCUACUCAUGCUGGGAGUGCUGAAGCGGCGCUGGAAGCCAUCGAAACGGGCUUCCAGCGGCCGCGGGCCCGACUCACCCCUCAGCUCGGAUCUGGCACUUGACAAGCCUCGCCCCAUACCAUCACCCAGGCAAAUCCACCCCUUGUACGGGGAGAAAGCUGGUCUCCUGGGGUACUGCGACACUGUCGGUAACACGGAAAAUUUUCCACCAGCCCCCAACAUCGUCGUGGAGGGUGGUAGAAUCGAGUUUAUGCGCCCUUCGCAAGAUGGCACGACGACACCCCGGAGGAACACCAUGUCAAGAGGUUCGCAGACCUUUAACGAGCAGCCAGAGAAGUCCGAUCCUGCCAAGGAGAGUCUGGAGGAGCGCGUGCAAGAGCUGGAGCAAGCGUUGCUGGCGGAACGUCUCGCGGCACAGCGAGACCGAGCGACCAUCACAAAGUUGCAGCGGCAGAUCAACAAGAGGGAGGCCACGCAACGAGAUGUGGAACGCGAACGCCGGCAACGAAUGGAGGCUGAAGCUCGGGUACGCGAAGCUACGGCUGAGGCUGAACGAGCACGCUCGAGAGUCCAUCAUCUUCAGAGAGAGCUGGCCAGGAUGGAAGAGUCCUCGCGGGGCCUGCUGCAACAGAAGCACCGGGCCGAACAGCUGAAGCAGGAGAAAACGGCGCUCACACUUUCCUACGAGACACGGGUGCACCAGUACCAGACGCAGAUAUCCAAGCUGCAGCUGGAGAACGAGUCGAUGCGGGGUCAGCUGCGUGGUCUGGAGGCAGCAUGUGCUGGUGAAGUGCACGCCGCGCUGGUGGCACGGCUGGCGACCCUGGAGACGGAACACGCGGCCCUGGCGAGGGACGCCGACGCCCAGCGUCGGCAAUACGAGCGGUGCCUGGACGACGUCGCCAACCAGGUGGUCCGCGCUCUCCUAUCUCAAAAGGGUCUGAGAGAGGAGAUAGGUGCGCUGCAGAGACGUAUACGAGAAUUGGAGGCUCAGAAUCGAGCGCUGUCGGGACUCCUGGCGCAAGCUGCCAGUCCUGGAAGCCCUACUGAAUUAAUUCAAGGAAUUCUCGAGGCUGGUCCGGCCGCCUUGGUAGCCGCUCUGGGCCUGGACCCAUCCUGGGUCCCUCUGUCGAGGCCGCGAUCCCUUAACUUGCAGAUACCCGUGAUGGCAGCCACCAAGUGCCGACGCAGCAGACCUUUAGCGCAAAAGCCGUCAGAAGAGGAGGGCAGCGAGAGUCCGGAGAGCGGUAAUCGGGACGAGGGCUACUCGACCAUGUCGAGCGACGUUCAAGGCGAAGGCACGCGUCAGGAGCCAUCCGCACGUGGCCUGGAGGACCUGAAAGAGGCCACCGACGAGACCGAGGCCGACGUUUCGCCGGACGCACGCCUCGUGGCCCUCGACGCCGGCGAUCCGGAUGUCCUCUUCCUACCUCUGAAUCUCACGGUCGGCAUCAAUCCGCGCCACAGCUAUCCGCCGACCAAGGACCUGCUGCCCUAUCAGCACAUAAUGCGCAGCUUCUCCGACAGUCACCUAUGCCUCAAGCUCACCACCACCACCAAUUUCACGCCGUACAAGCUGCCCAGUCCGAUGGGCUCGUCCUCCUUGCUGCUGGUGGAAGAAGAGGGUUGGGACGCCGAGUAUGUGCAACAGUGGCUCAGGCUUGACGAUAGCAGAAGCGCGCAACAACAUCGAGAUCUGCUUGAAUUGGAGUACGACAGGGCGGAGCUGGAGGAUUGGAGUUUCUCCCUGUCCACGGAGGACCUCGCGCAAAAUGAAUCCGCAAUGUGGAAGGAGCAACCGGCUGCUACAAACACGCCCGCCUUGCCUGCAAUCAAGGAGCAUAAUCUUUUGGAAUUGGAGGAGGACGCGAACGAGUGUCUAUGGAAUGGCGCAAGUUACCUUGCCGAUAGAACCGGGGGAGAACUGGUUGCGCUUUUAAUGGACGCGAGAGCGACCGGACCUUGGCCGUAUGCUUCGAGUCCCGGUGCGUCUUGGAGCAGCGAGGAGGGUGCCCUGGAGAACUCGAGCAAGCGUUCCUCGGCGGCGCUUUCCGGCUGCAGCGAUGAUCCUGACACUCCGUCGAUCGGCACCGACUUUACCAGAGAUUUUUACCGCCUGGUCAAGUUCGAAAGCACCAAGAGUCUAGCCAGCACGUCAUCCAGAAGCGGCAGACCGCCGCCGGACAGAGAACAGGCGCUUCAGAGCGUUCUAUCCUUCAUCGCCGAGCAACAGAUGUACCUCGCGGAGCUGCCAAGCAAUCCCGUGGAGCCGCACAACGCCAUGUCUCACUCAACCGAAGUUACAGAAGUGAGCGCUAGCAAAGACGAUUCUACGGGAGAGAUGAAGAUCACCGAGAUGGAAGGAUCGUUUGCUCAGGAGAGCAGUGGCAGUGUCGGCAACCCGGUCGAAACGAAUAGCAACGACGAGCUACUCGAUCAGAUACAGGUGCCACCGUUGGCGCCGGAGGAGAGGAUUGUGAGCGCCGUGCCGUGCAACGGUGGUAUCUCGUACACGACGGUAGCACCAUCGGAAUUGGGAGCCGUUCCUGAGGAAGACGAGGAGGCUGCAACCUCAUCUACGCCUAGUACAGUUGUCAGUCCGGCGCGAGCGACUCUUCUCGUGGAGGGUAGGGACCGGACACUGAGCUUCCACGAGCGCGCCACGUCCAAGGACGUUAUAGACGAGUUGAAUCGCAUGAUUCGUAAGGGCGAGGACACCGCUGUCACUAACGAAUCGCAGGUAGUGCUGGAGAAACUCGAUCUCGCUUGCUGCUGUCCGACAGGAUGGGUUCACGUUGAACGUGACAUUGACUUCACCGACCCUAAGGCCAGAGCCAAUCUCUUAGAUGUGAUGUUAGCGAGCAGCGAAAGUUCCUCAGCGACGUCGAGCAGCGGUUCGGCGGGCAGCGACUCGGGAGACGAGCCACCGGAUUACCGCCACUUGCACAGAUUACAUCGGUACCGACGACAAAAGAAAGCGUCGGCGGCCCAGGCGCAGCGCGUCCUCCGGCUGCCGUCCACCUGGGGCUCGUCCCGGCCGUCGAUCAUCGGUCGCGGCGACGACUUCUUCGUGCGCUACGGGGACAAGGAGCGCGAGGCGGUGGCGUCGUUCGACUUCCUCGACGAGUUCGUCGCGGCGGCGCCGCCCUUCCUCGACCCAGACGACGACAUCGACGCCCAUCUCAAUUGCGACAUCAUGAAGGUCUCGCCGCUCUAGGAACGACCAUGGGACAGGGGCGUUGGUGACGGGCCAAUCUUGUAGGAUGCGUAUCGAUUCCUCCCUCGUGCGAGCCCUUCCCGAUCAGUAAAUCAGCAUCAGGUGUGUCUUGAGCCUUCGAAAAUCGGGAAAUGUAACGCUAUCUUGAUCUUCUUCCUACUGUAUUGUCCGAAUGUAAUAGAUUUUAUUUUGUUAAAGUCUGGAAGCCUUGGAGCAGGAUUAUAUCCUUGCACCGUUGUGCAGAACAUGUUUGCUUAUUUCUUUAUCGGGAAGUGGCUCACGAACCCGUGAUAUCGAUUGUUGAAUCUUCCUUUCCAGUCACAAUUGCGCCAAUUGUAGCGAAUCAAAACGACGAGACGCGCGAUCACCUGAUUCUACAUAACGUAACGAAGCAGCAAGUAAUCACACUCGCGUAAUCGAUAUUCUUUCUAUGCGCUAUUCUUUUGACAAGUACUAUGAACGACGAGAACAACCUGUACGUUAUCCUACCACGUUCUCGAUGCCACUUCGAUACGGCGUUUCAGGAUCUUGCGGACGCGGAAUUUUUCACCACGCAGUAAGCGAGAAACCCGAAGCGUCGCGCGUCGAGAUAGAUUUAUCACACAAGACAAGAGGUCUAUCUUGUCUUCUUUCUCUGCGAGCUUCCUCUUACUCGAGACAUAAAUAACGCACUGCGGUAUAGUGAGACGUAAGCGAUAGCUAAUCGACCAGUGCAGUUGGUCCAAGCUGGAUCCUAGUUGGAUCCAGACUUGCGAUUCCUGAUCGAAUCCUCGUUGGUCCAGUCUGGAUCAAGCUGCACGAGACUUAUACCAUCUUCCACAGCCUGAAACAACCCGAGUAAACUUCGAGUUACGUUUGUGCUGUGCCUCGGUGCGUUGAACGAGAAGGAUCUAUUAAUGUACGGAUAAAUAUUAGUCAAAGAAUUAGCGAUAAGGAUACGUAAGGUGUAGUCGAUCUGUGACAUUAACAUAGCGUGCACACGGCAGGCACGAACCGCCACGAUUGGAAGGCUCUCGUUCCGGAAUGUGCGCGCACUGACGACGUAGUCAUAGAUAUAGCUCGUCCUGUAAUCCUUUUUACAAGUGUUGCGUGUCGCGACUGUUACCGAAAACGCGAGAGCUUUUCUGAUAGAUAGCUCGAAGACCGACUAAUAUUCUUUUACGCAUCAGACCUCGUCGAGGAGGAUGUACUUACGCGCGACAAGUUUUCGUUUUCUUUUCAAUUAAUCGAAAAUUGUGACAGAGUUUCCCCUUCUGGGAGCUUACGAGCUUAAUCUCAUAGAAAGCUAAGAUCUUCAGAUUGACAAUUGAAACCUGAACGAUAAGGCCCGCUCUGAUCUCAGCGGUGAGCCAUCGUCUCACGUUGUUCCGACGCUAUAAAAUUAUUCGGGGAUCUUGAAUCUUUACGUUUACGAGAACCGUCGCUCCCAUGAUGAGAACGGUGCACUUUAGACGAUGCUCGAGACUGAACUGUCACCGAAUCACCGCAAUGAUUUCCGGAAGAACGCGUGACGGCGUUACCUUCCAAAGUGAGCUUAGAGAGCGUAGACUAAGAGAUAUUCGUCGAUUUUCUAUGAAUCGCUAGAUAUUUUAUACUCCCCCCUCCCCCCCUUCCUCUUCUCUUAUCCUAGUCCCGUCGUCAAUCGUCAAUGAGCGACCAGAGUCGCGGAGAUUGUUUGUUAAUCGAAUAAUUCGGUCCACGCGUGACGAAUUAUUUUCUUCUGUCCUUAGGAGUAAGAACGUAAACGAGCCUGUACAUUUCGCUUCCGAACUUUGUAAUAUAGUAAAUGGCGAGAAAGAGGAGAGAGAGAAAGAAAGAGAAAAGAGGGAAAAAGAGAGGGCAAUUUGUGUCCUCGCUAAACGUGAGAAAGAGAAGACGACUUCGAGUACUUCGCCGCAUGAAUGAAGCUACAGGGAGAUGAUGUCUGUGUAAUUUGUACGAAGUGUGGACGAGCGACGCGUUCGGUCGAGAUAGGCGUAAUAUCAUUAGCGUACACGAUAAGCUUAAGGUAAGGAGUCGAUGGCGAUCGAGAUAUUUUACACGUAAUGAAAUACGUAUACCCGCAUGACGAGAGUCGAGUAUUCGAGGCGGAGAGAGGCUGCACGGACGUCGAAAGUUGUCCUGCAUUGUAUGCUCGCGUUGCUGCUGUUCUAGUCAAGCAAGUGAGACACGAUCAACACUUACAAUCUCCUAAAAACACGCGCCAGUCGCAUCAGCCAACCCUACGCUGCACCGACCACUUCCUAUUCCGCGAGCGGGCAUUAAAACGGACACUGAAAAGACAAAUUGAAUAAUUCGGCGGGGGUUCAUUUAGGUGAAAUGAAUUUUCAUCUUCGCAAAUUUUUAUACGUCUCCCCUAUUUCUCUCCGAGACACCAUGCAAACACUUGAGAGGAGCUUUGAGAAUUUUGCAAUAUUUAAAUUGAUCCUUGUGAUACGCGUAUUAAAUAUUUUACAGAAUCACGAUAUCGUACCAAGUGGAAUAAAUGUAAGACUAAAUAUUGUUAUCACGUAAUCACCAAAUAUGACGGAUCUAACAACAAGCGGCGAGAGGAAAUCUCAUUAAUAGUUAUGAAAGAGGGGAUUAGUACUUUCUUCUAAUUUAUCUUGGUACGCAGCGCAGGAUUAAUUAAUGCUAAGAGCGAUCUUGAUAGGAAAGAUUAUUUCGAGCAUUAUGCUGUUGUUUGUAUCGAAAGUUGAAUCGAGAAAUAAUUUAUUUGACUAUUUAUUUUAAACACGGUUGCAGAGUGGAGAAAAACUCCCAUCCCGAGGAGGCAACUUUCGUCCUGCAGCCUGAAAAUAAUAGACUAACGACAUAGCUUUAAGAUGUUUGUAAGUUUUACUUUGGGCACGUCCCUCACCUUAAUUCCCGGUCGCGACAGUCGAACGAUAAUUACGCGAUGAGUGAUUCGCUGAACGACGAUGUACAUAUAUAUAUACAUAAUAUGUAUCAUAGCUCAACACAGAUGUAAGUUAUCCUCUCUUGAACUUAAUAAAUAACGACAAUAUACGAACGU